AUGCAACUUCCUUGUCUUAGUGAUUUUCGAUGCGUUGAGAAAUCAAAUGCUAAGCCGACAGAACGAAUCCGACGACUAUUCGACUAUUCUACUGUUGAAUCCUUGAAUAUACUCAACUGUACACGGAGGACAACUGUACAAAUGGAAACCGUCACCGAAAUGGUUACAAAAACCAAGAAGAAGGGAGCUCCUCGUAAAACAGCUGCCGCUACAUCUCCCACUAAGGAGAAGAAAGUGGAAUUCAAUGGAGCUGGAAUGAAAACAAGCAAUGGCCAUUUCAAAAACGGCGGACUCAGACCGUCACCUUCCACGAACACAUUAAACAGACUUGCACGGGAGAAGAUUGUAUUAUGGCGGCAACCCUUCACAACCACAUACUACGCAUUUAUGGAAGUGCUCAACUUGACUUUUGAGUUCCUCACCGGGAUGCUUCACCAAAAAGCAUUGCUGUUAUCGAUUUCUAUAAUUUCUGGGCUUAUUUAUUAUGCCUACAUUACUCCUGGUCAACAUCAACAACAUAUAGCCGUUGCAGAAAAGGCGUUAACGUGGUGGGGAUGGUGGGUAUUUCUCGGCGUGCUGUCCUCCAUCGGACUAGGAUCUGGCCUGCAUACGUUUCUUAUCUACUUGGGACCCCACAUCGCUGCUGUCACAUUGGCAGCCCAUGAAUGUAAUAGUUUGGAUUUUCCAGAACCUCCUUAUCCGGAUAGCAUAACCUGUCCACACCCAAGGUCCGACGCAUCGUCAUCGAUAGCGAUUACUCUUUGGCAGAUUGUUGCGAAGGUUCGUGUUGAAUCUUUGUUAUGGGGUGCUGGCACGGCGCUUGGGGAACUACCGCCCUACUUCAUGGCAAGAGCGGCACGGCUCACCGGAGAAGAGCCAGAUGACGAAGAGUACAAAGAAUUCCUUCAGCUCAUGAAUGCUGAGAAAAAGGGUGGAGCCGAUGAAUUGUCAUGGGCCGAUCGCGGAAAAGCUUGGGUGGAACGGUUCAUCUCCCGUGUUGGAUUCCCUGGAAUCCUACUAUUCGCGUCGAUCCCGAACCCUCUCUUCGAUCUGGCGGGAAUAACAUGUGGACAUUUUCUUGUUCCAUUCUGGUCGUUCUUCGGAGCAACACUCAUCGGAAAGGCUAUAGUUAAAAUGCAUGUACAGAUGCUGUUCGUGAUCAUCGCAUUCAGUGAACAUCAUCUUAAUGUAGUUGUUCAUCAUAUUGGACGAAUCCCUUACAUCGGCCAGUCCAUUCAGCAGCCUAUUCGUGAUAUGCUACAUAAGCAGAAGAUGGCGCUACAUCGACCACCGGGAACUCUGGUGGAGCAGAAGACAUCCACGCUGCAGGCGAUUCUCGGCGGCAUAGUGACGUUGAUGAUCUUCGGUUUUCUAUUGUCGAUUUUCAACUCGCUUGCACAACGUUACCAUAAACGGUUAUGCGAAAAACAGAAGCUGAAGAGUGCUUAA